CUAAGGCUUCCCUAUUUCCUGGUUCGCCGGCGGCCAUUUUGGGUGGAAGCGAUAGCUGAGUGGUGGCGGCUGCUGAUUGUGUUCUAAGGGGACGGAGUGGGGGAAGACGUUUGCUCUCUCGGAAUAGCGUAUCUCAUUCCUUUCCCUUCGACUACCCGUGGCGCGGAGAGUCAGGGCGGCGGCUGCAGCAGCAAGGGCGGCGGUGGCGGCGGCGGCAGCUGCAGUGACAUGUCCAGCAUGAAUCCCGAAUAUGAUUAUUUAUUCAAGUUACUUCUGAUUGGCGACUCUGGAGUUGGAAAGUCUUGCCUCCUUCUUAGGUUUGCAGAUGAUACAUAUACGGAAAGCUAUAUCAGCACAAUUGGUGUGGAUUUCAAAAUAAGAACUAUAGAGUUAGAUGGGAAAACAAUCAAACUUCAAAUAUGGGACACAGCAGGCCAAGAAAGAUUUCGAACAAUCACCUCCAGUUAUUACAGAGGAGCCCAUGGCAUCAUAGUCGUGUAUGAUGUGACAGAUCAGGAGUCCUUCAAUAAUGUUAAACAGUGGCUGCAGGAAAUAGACCGUUACGCCAGUGAAAACGUCAACAAGUUGUUGGUAGGGAACAAAUGUGAUCUGACCACAAAGAAAGUAGUAGACUACACAACAGCAAAGGAAUUUGCCGAUUCCCUCGGAAUUCCAUUUUUGGAAACCAGUGCUAAGAAUGCAACGAAUGUAGAACAGUCUUUCAUGACAAUGGCAGCUGAGAUUAAAAAGCGAAUGGGUCCUGGAGCAACAGCUGGUGGUGCAGAGAAGUCCAAUGUUAAAAUCCAGAGCACUCCGGUCAAGCAGUCAGGUGGAGGUUGCUGCUAAAAUUUGCCUCCGUCCUUUUCUCACAGCAAUGAAUUUGCAAUCUGAACCCGUGAAAAAAACAAAAUUGCCUGAAUUGUACUGUAUGUAGCUGCACUACAACAGAUUCUUACCGUCUCCACAAAGGUCAGAGAUUGUAAAUGGUCAAUACUGACUUUUUUUUUAUUCCCUUGACUCAAGACAGCUAACUUCAUUUUCAGAACUGUUUUAAACCUUUGUGUGCUGGUUUAUAAAAUAAUGUGUGUAAUCCUUGUUGCUUUCCUGAUACCAGACUGUUUCCCGUGGUUGGUUAGAAUAUAUUUUGUUUUGAUGUUUAUAUUGGCAUGUUUAGAUGUCAGGUUUAGUCUUCUGAAGAUGAAGUUCAGCCAUUUUGUAUCAAACAGCACAACCAGUGUCUGUCACUUUCCAUGCAUAAAGUUUAGUGAGAUGUUAUAUGUAAGAUCUGAUUUGCUAGUUCUUCCUCGUAGAGUUAUAAACGGAAAGAUUACACUAUCUGAUUAAUAGUUUCUUCAUACUCUGCAUAUAAUUUGUGGCUGCAGAAUAUUGUAAUUUGUUGCACACUAUGUAACAAAACAACUGAAGAUAUGUUUAAUAAAUAUUGUACUUAUUGGAAGUAAUAUCAAAA